AUGUGGCCGGCGCUUGGCGCCCAGCAUCAAGCUCUGCGUUGCUCUGUGCGGCGGCAGCGAACUCCCGGCGCAAUUUUGGGUAGAGCCGUUAAAGUCACCCUAAAAUGUGGCGUCUUCGAAGGGGUGCUGCAGCACGUUAGUCCUGACCGGACCCUCUUUCUGCGGACUGUGACGAACUUUGAAACUAGCAGAAACAUUGCAGGAGUAAAGAUGUUUUCUGGCACUGAAAUAGUCAAUGAUGAGGGGUUUCUUACCAGAAUGCUGUUCCUAAAACAGCAGUGUGUUGUCAGUGUAGCGGGAGAAGAUGUAAAUUUGUGUCAGCAUGGAAAGCUCUCAUGGCCAAUGGUAACAACAAAAAGCCAUGUUUUUCUAUUUGAUAUCUUCCUUCUGGGACCUCAGGCUUUCAGAAAUGGAUUCGAGAUGGUACUGGAAGAUAAACACAUUUCAAAGGUUAUGCAUGACUGCCUCCUUCAGCAGUACAGUGUCUGUCUCUCCAAUGUCUUUGAUACUCUGGCUGGGAACAAAAGUUUCAACAACAGAACCUUCAGCCUUGUUCAGGGCAUUAUUUCAGAGAAGAACAAAUAUCCGUUAGUGUCUGUGUCAAUCCUUGACUGCAUGAAAGAGGAGAAGCCUGACAUACGGUUCUUAAUACCCCUGCCAGCUUCUCUGCUUAAUGCAGUUGCUCUGAAGGCCACAUACCUUCUGCUGCUCCACUCAUCUCUGAUGGAUAGCUUUAUGUCUGACCUAACAGCUGUAGUACACAAUUAUUUACGUGCUUGUCGGACUCAGUCUGGAGAUCUUUUGGGGAGCAUAAAGCCCACUUGCAUGGAGCUGCCAAAGGAGCCAAAGCAUCUGGCAGACGGCCAGAAGCUUCGAAGGGAGAAAGCAAUAAAAGACUACAGAGUGAAUGAGGAUGGUCUUUUGAUCAGAGCAGCCACGGAAUUAAAAGGGAGAAACGAUGCAUGGGAGAGUAGAGACUGCAGAGAUGACAGGGGCUGCUUUCCCACAAGUAAAGUGGUGACUCAAAUGCUUCACAUCCUUCAACAGUGUCGAUGUUCCAGUUCUACGACCAUCUGCGCCUCAACACGGCAGUGCCUAGGCCGGACGCAUGCAGCCACUUCAGCCUGGUUUGAAGAGGAAGCCUCGCUAACGCUCUCCGGCCCGUGGAUGAUAGCCAGGUCAGCCCGCGGAGCCUUAGAAGGGCUGGGAGGUAGCUGGAGGGCCGCGCCAACCCGACUCCCUCAGCGCCCUACCGCCCUUCCGCCGGCUCAAGGGCGAAAAGGCGUCACUUCCGGCACACCUCCGCCUCCCGCGCGGGCAUCGCGAGAAACCACCCCACCUCACGCGAGACUCGCCAGCUCACCCGGCCGCUUCGGCCGAGUCCCUUCGGCAAUUUCCGUCACCACCAGACCUUACCAAUCGGCCUGGAGAGUGCAUCGAUGGGAGCUGGCUCCCCGCGGGCUCUGUGUGGGGACGGCGCCCACUGUGUGGGUGCUGAGGCUAUGA